AUGAAGACUGGGAAGCCGAGUGCAUUCGCUCAGUACCUCUGGCUGGGGGAGAGAGACUGCAAGAUACCCGAUGGGGCAAGAAAAGGUUUAAGCAGCCUGGGGGACACCAAAAGGACACCGGUAGACACCAUGAAUCGCAAGGAGUCAAAGAGCAGCAGGAAGUCCCGACAGGAAGGAGGAAGUGUGAUAAAGAGCAGAAGACCAGUGCAGAGGAGGAUGACAUGCCCCAGUCCUCAAGAGAUCAGCCGGGCUCUUCAAAGUCCACCGGCUCAUUCUUCUUUCCGCUCUGCCAGCCUGGAUGAACUCAUCCUCCGCUGCCUCCACUGCUUCGACUCAGAUGGGAAGCUGAUCAGAGGGACACAGCUGGUCCAUAUGGCCCUGAUGAUGCAUAACUGGGUCGUACCAUCACACAUCUUCGUCCAAAAGCUGCUUUCUCUAUAUCCUCUUCAAGCCCCACUAUUUGUGAUUUAUCUGUUUGGUUUCUGUUUGUCCAUCACUAUGUCUGAACCCAGUAAUCCUCCAGUGAAUGUUUCCCAGACUCCCUCUCCCUCUGUGAAGAAAAGGAAAGUUUCACUGCUGUUUGACCACAUGGAACCAGAUGAGAUGGCUGAACACCUCAGCUACCUGGAGUUCAAAAACUUCUGCAACGUCUCAUUUCUGGACUACCACAGUUACGUGGUCCAUGGCUCUGUGAGGAAUAAUCCGGCGCUCGAGCGCUCUGUCAUGCUCUGCAACGGAGUCUCCCAGUGGGUUCAGCUCAUGAUCCUCAACAAACACACCUCACAGCAGCGAGCAGAGGUCUUCACCAAGUUCAUUCAUGUAGCACAGAAGCUGAGAGCCCUACAGAAUUUCAAUACUCUGAUGGCGGUGAUAGGAGGUCUGUGUCAUAGUUCCAUCUCUCGUCUCAAAGACACAGCCAGCCUGCUGUCCUCUGAUGUCACAAAGACUCUCAGUGAGCUCACAGAGCUGCUGUCGUCCUACAGCAACUAUUCAAACUACAGGCGCGUGUACAACGACUGCACUGGAUUCAAGGUGCCCAUCUUGGGCGUUCAUCUCAAAGACCUGAUCUCCCUCAACGAGGCGCUGCCAGACUACCUUGAGGACGAUAAGAUCAACCUGGGGAAAAUGCAGCAUUUAUACAGCAACAUUAGCGACUUGUUGGCCAUCCAUGACUGCACCCCACCGUUUGAGGCCAACAAAGACCUGCUGCACCUGCUAACGCUCUCGCUAGACUUGUGUUACACGGAGGACGAGAUAUAUGAGCUCUCCUACACCAAGGAGCCCAAGAACCCCAAAAUUCAGCCCGUAGCUCCGGUGAAGCCCCCAGUGGUAGCCGAGUGGGGAUCAGGAGUGACUCCGCGUCUGGAUCCUGACACCAUCUCGAAACACGUUAAACAGAUGGUGGAUUCUAUCAUGAAGAAUUAUGAUUUGAACAUGGACGGCUACAUUUCUCUGGAGGACUUUGAGAAGAUCGCUGCAAAUUUCCCUUUCUCUUUCUGCACACACGAGAGCGAUAGGGAAGGAGAGAUCAGUAGGGAGGAAAUCACUUCAUAUUUCAUGCGUGGGAUGUCGGUGUGUGCUAAACUUGGCUUCAACCUCCACAACCUUCACAACUUCCAUGAGACCACAUACAAAAGGCCCACAUUCUGUGACACCUGCGGAGGAUUUUUAUGGGGAGUCAUAAAACAAGGCUACCACUGCAAAGACUGUGGAGUAAACUGUCACAAGCACUGUAAGGAUGUGGUGGGAAUGGAGUGUAUGAAGAGGCUCCAGGUGACCAGUAGCUCUUGUCCCUGCACCCCGGGCCCCGUAUCAGGCCUCCACACUAAGGGCAACAGCUGGACCUUUCAAUCAGGUUCUGAAGAGGAAACAUUUGUCUUUCCUAAUGGAAACGGAUCUGAACACUCCAAGGGCCAAACUUCAUCAGACAGCGACGCAGAGGCGGCCACACUAUCCGACAGAUCCACUCAAACGGACCCAGGAGUUUGGACACCGGUGGCCAAACGGAAAGAUCGUCUUCCUUCCCAGAAACAACAUCCACCCCUUGAAAAGGUAUUGCCAUAAAACAACUUACAUAAAUUCCUUACAUUUUUUCACAGCGAGUAUGGUGGAUAUAUUCAUCAUAUAUUGCAUGGAAAGCUAAUUUGGUGAGGAAGACUGGCUAGCAUACACUACACUUUUGAGACUAACGUUACCUGCCUGCCUUAUCA